AUGUCGGCCCGCCUCCACAAGGGACUGUCAAGCGUCCUCGCCAAAUCCCCUUCCGACACUGUCAUUCUUUCGUCUGUUCGCACUCCCAUCUGCCGCUCUUAUAAGGGCCAAUUGAAGGAUGCUUACCCUGAGGAACUUCUCGCCAGUGUUCUCAAGGCUACGCUGAAAGCUCACCCCGAGGCACCCGUCGAUGAUGUCGCUGUCGGCGUUGUCCUUUCGGAACUCGGCGGCUCUAAAGCAGCGCGCAUGGCUCUUAACCAUGUCGGUUUCAAGAACACUACCAGCUUGUACACCGUCAACCGCGCAUGCUCAAGUUCUCUUCAAGCCAUUGCUGCUGUCUCGGGUCAAAUUCAGACUGGUAUGAUUGACUCUGGUAUCGCGGCGGGUAUGGAGAGCAUGACGAGGAAUUACGGAUCCAGAGCUAUCCCCGUGGAUGUCUGGCCUGAACUCAAAGAGUCGGAGAACCAUCACGCGCGCGAUUGUAUCAUGCCCAUGGGUUUGACGUCGGAGAAUGUUGCUAGUCGGUAUAAUGUGUCGAGAGCGGAUCAGGACGCCAUGGCCGUUGAGUCUCACCGACGAGCUGCGCGUGCACGAAGCGAGGGUCGCUUUGCGGAGGAGAUUGUCCCUGUUGAGACGCGGUUCCAGGAGGUUGAUAAGCAGGGUAACAAGGUCGGCGAGGAGAAGCGCAUUACUGUUACUGCAGACGACGGUAUCCGUGAGGGUGUCACCAUUGAGGCUCUUACUAAGCUCAAGCCCGCUUUCAAAGCAGACGGAACUUCGACAGCCGGAAACUCAAGUCAGGUUUCCGACGGCGCGGCAGCUACAUUUCUCAUGCGCCGAAGCACCGCCACCGCUCUAGGUCUUCAAGAUCAAAUCAUCGGUAAAUUCGUCUCAGCCGUAACAGUAGGCUGCGAUCCCGACGAGAUGGGCAUUGGUCCCGCGCUCGCGAUCCCCAAGCUUUUGGAUCAAGUCGGUUUGAAGAACGAGGAUGUUUCGCGGUGGGAGAUCAACGAGGCGUUUGCGAGCCAGGCGCUGCACUGCGUGAGGGCGCUGGGGCUGGAAGAUGCGUGGGCGAAGGAAAAGGUGAACCCUGAUGGUGGAGCUAUUGCUCUUGGACAUCCGCUUGGUGCUACGGGUGCAAGAAUGACGAGUACGCUUUUGCAUGGGUUGAAGAGGGAUGGGGGUGAGGUUGGUGUUGUGAGUAUGUGUGUUGGUACGGGGAUGGGUAUGGCUGGUAUGUUUGUGCGGGAGUAG